AUGACACUCCCAAGAGUAAUACUUUGUGGUAAGGAUGUGCCAGUAUGGACCAAAGCAGAAGCCAAAGAGGUGUUCAAUGGCAUUGCGGAUGUUGUUCUGGAUGAGUCGACGAGUCGUGCCGACUUCCUCGCAAGCUUCCAGCCUGGGGGGCCGUUCGAGGGUGCAGUAGGCUUUUACAGACGCAAUAAUUCCACCGCGCGAAUCGGCAGGUUCGACAAAGAUCUCGUUAGCGCUCUACCAUCGAGCGUGAAGUGGAUUGCGCAUAACGGUGCAGGAUACGACCAGGUCGACGUUGCGGCUUGUCAGCGAAAGGGGAUUUAUGUGUCGAACACUCCCGGAGCAGUUGAUGAUGCAACAGCCACGACGGCACUGUAUCUCCUCAUUUCUGCGUUCCGGUCCUUCUCCAAAGCGGAGCGCGACAUUCGUGCAGGCGCUUGGAAGACGCUACACCCACCAGCUUCGGCGCACGAUUUAACCGGCAAGGUCGUGGCGAUACUAGGUCUGGGAGGAAUUGGACUGCGGUUCGCCGAUCUUGUUCAUGCAUUUCCAAUGCGUGUUCUCUAUCACAGCAGGCGCAAAUUUCCUCACGCACCUGAGUGGUGUGAAUAUUAUAGCGCGGAUCGUCUCGACGAAAUGCUGGCUACUGCGGAUGUGCUGAGCAUACAUGUACCGUUGAACGAGCACACGGUGGAGCUGGUCGAUAAAACAAUGAUUAGGAAGCUGAAGAAAGGCGCAAUUAUUAUCAACACUGCGAGGUGUAGGGUCAUUGAUGAAGAGGAAAUGAUGAGGGCUUUGGAAGAUGGACACCUGGGCGCCAUCGGACUGGACGUCUUCUAUGACGAACCCAACGUUAAUCCACGCUGGUUUGACUUUCCAAACGCAACUCUGCUUCCCCAUGUUGGCACCGCUACAUGCGACACAAUUAAGAGUAUGGAGCUGCGUGCUCUUGGUAAUCUGAGGAACUCUUGA